UAGUCUCCUGAAAAAAAAAAUGCUGCAUGGUCAUGCCAUGUCUAGCUAGCUGUUUCAGGCCAAAAUGAGGUGUGUAUUAAGAGAGAGAGAGAGAACUCUUAGUUUUGUCUUGUUUUGUCGUGGGGUGGGGAAUUGGGGUUGGUCGUAGGAACCCAUCUGAUCUGAUCUCAAGUGUUGCCUCCAAUCUCCAUGUAUAUGAGUUGGAACACCUUGUCAUUUGAUGGACUCAGCAAGACGACUCGUUCCUCGAUCUCUUCUUCUCUCUCCAAAAUUGUUAUUGUUGAUCCUCUCUCUUCUUCAACCACCCUCCCUCUCUGGCUGCCUUUAAAAAGGACAGCAGAAACUGAGAAAAGCUAUAGAGAAGAUAUAAUAGUCUACAGAGAGAAAAUAAUUAUAACAAGCGCCAAUAGAAACACAGAAUGAAUGGUCUUUCACCCGUAGAGCCAAAUUACUCUGAGUUUGUUGAAGUUGAUCCAACUGGAAGAUAUUGCCGGUACGACGAAAUCCUCGGCAAAGGAGCUUCCAAGACUGUUUACAGAGCCUUUGAUGAGUACGAAGGUAUCGAAGUUGCCUGGAACCAGGUCAAGCUUUAUGAUUUCCUGCAGAGCCCAGAAGACCUUGAGAGGCUCUACUGUGAAAUCCAUUUGCUCAAGACCCUGAAGCACAAAAACAUCAUGAAGUUCUACACUUCCUGGGUUGAUACCGCGAAGAGGAACAUAAACUUUAUUACCGAGCUGUUCACCUCUGGGACUCUCAGACAGUAUAGGCACAAGCACAAGAGGGUUAACAUUAGAGCAGUGAAGCAUUGGUGUAGACAGAUCUUGAGAGGACUUCUCUAUCUCCAUAGCCAUGAUCCUCCAGUGAUCCACAGAGAUCUCAAGUGUGAUAAUAUAUUUAUCAAUGGGAACCAAGGGGAGGUCAAGAUCGGUGAUCUCGGCCUCGCCGCCAUCCUCCGCAAAUCCCACGCCGCUCGCUGUGUUGGCACACCAGAGUUCAUGGCUCCAGAGGUGUAUGAAGAGGAAUACAACGAACUAGUUGAUAUUUAUUCUUUUGGGAUGUGCGUACUGGAGAUGGUCACAUUUGAAUAUCCAUACAGUGAAUGCACUCAUCCUGCUCAGAUCUACAAGAAAGUCAUCUCUGGGAAGAAACCAGAUGUCCUGUACAAAGUGAAGGACCUUGAAGUGAGACAAUUCGUAGAGAAAUGCUUGGCCACAGUGUCUCGGAGGCUCCCGGCGAGGGAGCUUCUGAAGGACCCUUUUCUCCAAAUUGACGAUUGUGAGUCUGAUUUGAGGCCAUUAGAAUGCUCAAGGGACGAUGUGGGUCCUCUCCUUAGGCAGCCUCUUUUCGAUCUCCAUAACAGUAAUAACUCCUGGAUCAAUGAUUACUCCUAUGAUAUCAGUUACGUUUCAGAGAAUGAAUGGAGUUACCACCUCGAGGAGAUUGAACAUGGUGGGAUUGAACUGUUCACUUAUCAAGAAGAUGAGCAAUCUGCCAACGUUGACAUCACAAUCAAGGGGAAGAAGAGAGAGGAUGGUAGCAUAUUUUUGAGGCUCAGAAUUGCAGAUAAAGAAGGUCGCAUCCGCAACAUCUACUUUCCCUUCCACAUAGAGACUGAUACAGCACUCAGUGUUGCCACGGAAAUGGUUGCUGAGUUAGAUAUUACUGACCAAGACGUGACCAAGAUAGCAGAUAUGAUCGAUGGGGAGAUUGCAUCCUUGGUGCCAGAGUGGAAGCCAGGGCCAGGCAUAGAAGAAGGCCCCUGUUUUCAAAGUGCAACCUUCUGUCAGCAUUGUGCCUCUAAUGUUUCCUCCACUGGUUCUCUCCUGGAAUAUCUCUCCUUGAAUAAUCCAGGUGCCAACUUGCAAGUACUUCAGUGUUCUCAACAUGGGUGUGCUGCUAUGCAUGGUCGGUUCGAAGAGAUCACAUACCAGAUGGAGGAGUCAGAGCACUGUGUUACAGAAGGUGCACCAGUGGUAUCAAGCCCAUCAGAUGGCCUGCAGAAUGCAGAUAUUUGGGCUCAGCAUGAAAUCCCUCAGUUAAGUUCACAUGGAUCUGGAGGCAUGCACUUUCAUGAGUACGAAAAUUUGGAUCAGUCGAUCUCUGCCAACAGUGAGAGAAUAAUAGAUUUGGAGAAUCAAAUUGUGUCUGAUGCAAGAAACUCAAGGCAACAAUCUCCUUCAUCUGUUCCUUCUUCUCCUUGUGCCUUAUCGGAAAGCCAUGACAAUGAUGUUAGGCAGGAAUUGAGAUGGAUCAAAGCAAAGUAUCAGAUGGAGCUGAGGGAGCUUAGAGAUCAUCAAUUGGGUCUUAAUUCUAAAUCUUCAACUUUAGCCCCAGAUCUUGAGAGCAAGCAACAAAGAAAUGACAAUGGAAUUACAUGUCAUUCAGUUUCAACCACGAUAGAUGGAGACACUAAUGAAUUUACCUCGAAAUCUUUUGCCUCCAGUAAGGAUUUUACUUCAUAUUUCCCCAUUCAUGUUCAGAAGAGCUGCCCACAGUCGGAAACCCAAAGGGCCCGACAUAAUGAGGCGACGAACAACAACUCCAGUCCUGAUCGAAUGGCCGCAACAAAGAGUUUCUACACUGGAUCACUGCUUCCAUACUCUGUUCACAGGACAAAAUCCCUUCCAGUUGAUGCCGUUGACGUUUAAUUCUGUAAGGCCCUCUUUGAUAAUUUGGUUGUUUCACCAAGGUCACUCUCCCACACAAGCUGUAUAUUUUGCUUAAUAAUUUGUUACUAGGCUUUAACUUACACAUCUUCUCUCCAUUGUUGGGGAAAGGCCAAAUGGAGGCUAUGAGUCCCUGUAAUUAUGAGAAAAUAUGUAAAUUUUUACAGCUUGUAGAAUCCCCAAUUGUGAAUUUGUGAUCACUUGGAUGAAACGAGUCCUUGUACAUUACCCAUUUACCUUGAAGGGCAAUAAAAAGGUUUUUUUUUUCUUUUUUA